AUGGCAAGCAAGGCUCAAAGAAAUACGCUUUUGGUGGCAGCGUUUGACUUCGGAACCACUUACAGCGGUUAUGCUUUCUCCUUCCGAGACGACCCCAACAAGAUUCAGGCAAAUCAGAGCUGGAAAGCGAGAGGCGGGACUUCAAGAUUAAUGUCACUGAAGACGUCUACAUCCGUCCUCCUCAAUCCAAAGGGAAAAUUUAACAAGUUUUGUUUCGAUGCCGAGGACACGUAUGCAAGCCUAGCUGAAGAGGAGAAACACCACGGUUGGAGGCUUUUUCGGAGGUUUAAGAUGGUUCUGCAUAGCAAUAAGCACUUGACGAAAGACGUUACGGUAGAGGACUUUUGUGGAGAAAAGAUGACGGCCUUCCCGUUGUUCGUCAUGUCGAUUGAAUACCUGAGAGAACAUCUGCUAAAGGCAGUUACCAAGCAAAAGAUAGGAAUCAAAGAGACGGACAUAUUCUACGUGUUAACCAUUCCUGCUAUCUGGGAUGACAAUGCCAAGCGAUUUAUGAGAGAUGCAGCAGUUGCGGCUCACAUCGACCCUGACCGCCUUAAACUGGCCUUGGAGCCUGAGUGUGCCUCCAUCUGGUGUGAAACUUUGGGUGUGGCCGUCAAGGGUACUGUAGCCAUUGCGGGAUCACAGUACAUGGUCGUCGAUCUUGGAGGAGGAACAGCAGAUAUAUCCAUACACGAAAGAAAACCAGACGGAACUUUGAAAGAAAUACACAAAGCCAGCGGUGGGCCUUGGGGAGGCAUAUUUGUGGAUGAAAAUUAUAUGAAAAUGUUAUAUCGGCUGUAUGGGGAAGAAGCUCUCAUUGAACUGCGAAAGACAGAUAUGGACGAUUAUUUUGAUAUCACUCGUGAAUUUGAGCACAAGAAACGAUCCUUCGAUACCGAAAACACUAAUCAUGUUGUUGUUCGUCCGUCUGUUUUAUUGCGUGAACUUGCUGAUAAACAUACCAAACAAUCUCUUGAGGAGAGAAUUGCGGCUUUGGACAUUCAGGAUAAUUUUAUAAAGCUAAUGAGUAAGGACAAACUGAAAAUUGAUGGCACAGUUAUCGAAUCAUUGUUCGAAGGUCCAAUCGAUCUGCUGAUCGAGCAUAUAAAGUCACUCUUAGCUGAAGCAAGAAUGAAAUGCGUGAGAACCAUAAUUCUGGUAGGCGGUUUCGGUGAAAGCCCUUAUGUUCAGGAGAGAAUAAAGAAAGAAAUAGCUGGGGUGAGACUGAUUGUCCCUCCAGACGCGGGCCUCGCCGUGUUGAAAGGCGCUGUAAGGUUUGGACACAACCCCGCCAUUGUCUCCUCCAGGAAAAUGAAGUACACGUAUGGGACAGAUGCAUUUAUGGACUUUGAUGAGAAGAAACAUCCUGACGAGAAGAAGGUUUGGAUAAAUGGAGAGUGGUUAUUGAAUUAUUGUUUCGAUGUUUACGUGAGGGUGAACGAGGAGGUAAGAGUGGACCAAAUGGUGACCAGAAAGCGUAUCCCUACUGACACAAUAUCCUUAAUAUCCGUAUACAGGACGACACAGGAGAACCCCGAGUACAUUACGGAUCCCGACUGUGAACUGCUCGGGACGAUAAGCAUUGAAAACAGCUUCGAUAUUCCAUUUCAACAGCAGGUUAUAGAAACUACAUUCAUGUUCGGAGAUACAGAACUUCUUGUCAAAAUGAUGAACGUGGCCACUGGACAAAUAGCCUACAUGAUCCUUGAGUGCUUCAAAUAA